AUGGACCCCGAAGAUUAUGAGUAUGUCGCAGAGGAACAUGAUCGAUUGAUUAGUGCUAUAAGUAAAUUAGACAAAACCCAGCAUAUAACUGAGCCUACAAGGAAUGAACCGACAAAUUUGAACUCUGAAUUCAAUCUAAUCAAACCAUCUAAAAAACUGAAAUUGGACAAUGUAUUAAAAGUGUUAGAAGACAAUUCACAUAAUGUCAAAAUAAGUAAGAAACUUAAAUUUAGUCAAAAUAAAUCGAAAGUUCUGCCGAAGCCACUAGAAAAACCUCAAGCAGAACGCAUUAAAAGGGCUGCUGGGUAUGAGGAAACUAAAAAGAAAAUUGGAAGGUGGGAUCCAGUUAUUGCAAGAAAUAGAACUGUUGAUUUUGUAUCUUUUCCUCUUAAAACUCGUCCUGUCAAGAAAGAUACGCCUACCAACAUAUUUCUGUCCAAACUGAAAUUGAAAUCACCUUUAGAGUUGGAAUUAGAAGAAGUGGAUCCUACACCUGUAGUAGAACCAGAAGUUGAAGAAGAAGAGCUUUAUCCCAUGAGUUAUGAAGAAAUGGUUGAACACAGACAGCAUCUCGCCAAGUUUAGAGCUCAACAGUCUUAUAGGGCUGCUAAGGCUAAGAGACAAAGCAAAAUUAAAAGUAAAAAAUAUCAUCGUAUACUCAAGAAAGAAAAAUUAAAACAACAGUUAAAGGAAUUUGAAGAAUUACAAGCAACUAACCCAGAAGAGGCAUUGAAGAAACUCGAGGAAUUAGAAAAAGCACGAGCUUUAGAGAGACAUACCUUGAGACAUAAAAAUACUGGAAAAUGGGCUAAGAACAAAUUAGUCAGAGCAAAAUAUGAUAAAGAGGUGAGACAGCAAUUAGCUGAACAAUUAUCUGUAAGCAGAGGUCUUACACAGAAAACACAAAACAUUGAAAGUUCAGACGACGAGCCAGAUGAAAGUGAAAACAUCUGUGACAUUCAAAUAUCACAGGAUCCAAUGAAUCCAUGGAUGUUGAAGAAAUCCGACAAGAGUAACAUAGACGCUGAAUUCAAUUUCGGCUAUAAAAAAUAUUUAAAAGACAAAAUGUAUAAACGCAAGGAGCAAAGUGACUCGGAGGAAGAUGAAGUAGACCAAAAUAAAGACGAUGAUAUGAGCUCUUUGAAAACGUUGACAGAGAGUUUGAAAAAAUUAAAUGAAAAUGAGAGUACAGCUGUGAUUGAAAGCAAAACUCAAGAAGAUGACACUUUAAUGGAUUCAAUCAGUGAAGAAAAGAAAUCCCUAACUGUUCAGAAUAAAAAGAAUACACAGAAAGAGAAAAGUAAUAAUACUAGAAGAAAAAACAAAAGGAAGAUCGUCUCAACCUCAGAAUGGGUUGUGGAAGAAAUAAAUCCUAAAAAUGCAACAACUGAAGAAGAAUUAAAUAGUGCAUUUGAUGAUUAUGAAGAUAAAGUGGCAUUAAAGGUCGCUAAAAAACUCAAGGGAUUGAAACAUGAGUUAAAAAAUUUAGAAACAGUAUCUAACAAACCAAAUAAAAAGAAAAAUGAGAGUAGUAAAGAAGUUGACAACCUUGAAUAUUUAAAACUUAAAAAGCAGAAGCAGAUGCCUAUAAUUGAUGAACCUCUUAUAGAAUCAAAUAAAAAUGUUGAUGAAAUACCAGAGCCGACAAAACCCUUAUUAGAGACACUAAAAGAUACAGUACCGAGUACAACAGAAAAUGUAAACACAGAUAUUGACCCAAACAGAUUUAUUGAAGUUAAACCUAAGUAUUUGAAUACAGCAGUUACAAAUUCUGAGAAUAAUUAUGAUGACUUAGAUGAUGAAGAACAAGUGGUACCAAAAGUGGAUAUUGAAGAAGUUUUUGAAGAAGACGAUGUGGUGACUAGUUUCAGACAAGAGAAAGAGGACGAAAUUAAUAAGAAUAACCCAGAAGAACUAAGUUUAACACUCCCAGGAUGGGGUGGCUGGGCCGGUAAAGGUAUAAAAGCACCUAAACGAAAGAAAAAUAGAUUUAUCACAAAGAAACCACCAAAAACACUCAGACGAGAUGAAAAUAAAGGUGAUGUAAUUAUAAACGAGUCCAAAAAUCCCAAGCUUGCUAUACAUAAAGUUUCAGAUUUACCACAUCCAUUCAAUAGCGUGAAAGAAUAUGAGGAAAGUAUAAGAACGCCUCUGGGUAACACCUUUGUGCCGGAAACAGCUCAUAGGAAACUUAUUAAACCAAAUGUUAUCACAAGAUCUGGAACAAUCAUUGAACCAAUGGAUGAAGAAGAACUGCUUGUGCCAAGAAAUCGUAACUUUAAUAAUAAGUCUGUUAUUAAGAUUUUAGGCAAGCAAUAA